GUAUAUCAUUAAUGUAUAUGAAAUCGAAAACGAAUAUUGCAUUUCUGUUGUGAAAAAGACAAAGAGGACGACUUUUGUUAAAAAAGAUAGCUUAAAAAACACUAAUGUCGUUUGAAUGGCCUCUCUAUAUCAUUGCAGCAAAACUGGUAUUUGUGUAUAUGGACUGUGGCGGUAUAUAUAACUUUCCACCCUGCUGCGUCGGAGAAAAAUGGGAUAAAAUCAAGAAUAUACGUACGAAAUGCCCGAGAGGUUUGUAUGGUGACAACUGUACUCACUCCUGUAAGGUUCUGUACUUUGGACAUCGCUGUGUGCUCGGCGCGUGCAAAUGUAACCGUGUUUCCUGUAAAAUUCCAACUCAGAUAUGUUUUCCGACAACAGAAACGGACGUUUCCGGAUCCACACUGGUGUCAGCAACAGAAAUAGUAACAACAAACGAACGAGUCAAAAGGACUUCUGUGACUCCGGAUCCAUUCAGUGUAAAGCCGGAUACACGGGACGAGGACCCGGGACCCCGGGGUAGUGCUGCUGCUUCAAACAUCGUCUACAUCAUUCCCAUCACCUGUGUAUUGACUGUGUUCUUAUUGACGGUGUUUAUGUUUGUCUUUUGUAACAAACAUUGUCAGUUAUGCAAUAUUUUAAACAGAAAGCGUCAUAUAAACAGCAACUAUGAGCUUCCAGCUAGAGUGUACGAAAACAACGGAUCUACAAAUAGCUAUGACACCCCUGAUACCAACACAAAUAUUUCCCCAACUCAAGGCGCCAGUGAGUCGUCGUAUGAAUUUGUUGAACAAUUUCGAAAAGAUUUAUGAUGUAAACCCCCAUCUAAUUUUAAUAUUCAAUAAUGUGUCCUAGAAAAAAAAGAGUAAGAAAUAAAAACUAUUUUUGUUUAAUUUUUUUAAACAUUGCAAAGUAUGUUCUCUAGAAAAAAGAAACAAUAUUUCAACGGCAUGUAUUUUUUGUACUGACAAGAGGAAAUACAAAUUUUAUUAUAUUACCGUUCAUUUGGCCAGUAAAAGGCUGGCCCAAUUGAAGAAAAAUUGAAAUUGCAAAUCCAGUGUGUAAAUCGGUUUUGAGUAUUAAUACUAUUUUAUAACUUUAUAAAAUUCUUAUUUGGUGUCUCUGAUUUUCUCACUUAAAGGGUUAACCAUUACACAGGACUUCAAAACUCAUAUUUUUUACUUGAAUAUAAUAAAAUAGUUUAAAUCUGUCCAAAGUGUUUGAUGAAACGACAUAUACUUAAACAUACUGGCACUGUACCAGUUAUCGGCUAAAGUUAAACGUUUUCUUUUCGUAUUUCCUUAUUUCUUGAUAUUUUCGGAUAACACUUGACAUACUUCAAAUGGUGAACUUCUUUUUUAUCCACCUGUUAGAUUAUAUUAUCAAAACCGAUUUGGUUUGACUUUUCCUAUAGCGUCACGAUCAUUUUCUGUCAGCUACGUCAUGCAUAAAUUAUACACGCCGCCGUUGUGAAAACUUUAUGAUUGGUUGAGUUAGGCGGAGUUAUCAGUACAUGCUUAUGCAAUGCCAGAGCUGAAGGAUUUCUCAGAACAGUUCAUUUCCCCCCAAUAUUAUUCAUUCAAAAUCGACUAUAUCCUAUGUUUAAAUUCUGUGCAAAACUCUCUCUCUCUCUCUCUCUCUCUUUCUCUC